CUAGGCUUAACAGUUAUGAAAAUUUCAUAUGUCUUAUACAGCAUGAUGCAAUAUAGUGUUCCUUGUUGGUCUUGCUGUAUGACUGGUGGCUUAUACAAACCAGAACUGAGCAACAGAGAUAAAGUAAGACUUCGAUCAAAUCAUACUGUGUCAGUUCUUCUUGAGUCCAAGGACGGCGAGAGCUACAUGCCGACGCGUAGACUGGAGAAAUGCAUGAAAACCGAAGCUCUAUCAGAUAGCGGAUGGCCAGCUGCCCUAAGCGUUGGGCUCUAUAGUGCUUGGGAGAGGCAGCUAUUCACUGAUCUAGUCAUUAAAACUCAGGAUGAAGUCAUCCAUGCUCACAAAGUUGUUCUUGCUGCUGCUUCACCUUAUUUUAGUGCCAUGCUAAGUGGUGGCUUGAUGGAAGGCUUGACACAGACUCUUGUUUUAGAGGACAUUCCUGGAGAAUUGAUUCGAAUCGUCCUUAUAUACAUCUACACUGGCCAAGCCCCUCUCACAGAAAGCAAUGUGCAGGAGGUGCUUACGUUGUCUGAUUAUUUCCAGAUACAUGCUCUUAGAAAACUGUGUUGCUACUAUCUUGCGAAUAAUCUAACAGCUGAAAACUGUCUCGGUGUGUAUGAGCUGGCUAAACUUCACAACUGCCAUGAUUUGGCUACUAGUUCCUUGUUUGUUGCCACAUCGCAAUGCUCAGAAAUCAUAAGUCAUCCAACAUUUCUCUCGGCUCAUCCAGAAACAGUUAUGAAGUUGUUGGAUCAGUCUUACUUAAGUAUUGACUCAGAAGAUGAACUAUUAAAGGCUGUAAUUGAAUGGGUUUCUGAUAGUCCAAGUUCUCGGGCCGAAUAUUUAUGUAAGAUGUUGACAAAAAUCAAAUUAGAUUUAGUAGCAUCAGACGCCAAGACGAGGUCGUUAGAAACCCUACGUGAAAGGAAACUAUUAACAAAAGAGGUCAAAGAAACAAUUAUUCCUUAUGACACUGUUGAUGCUAAUUCGGAUGAAGAAAGAUUAAGGAAUGAUCAUCUAGAAGAGGUUAUUCUGGUAAUGGCAGGUGAAUCAAAUGGCCGUGUUAUGCGUAAUAUUGAAUGCUUUAAGAUGGGACUUCCUAGUUGGCAGUGUUCACUUCCGUAUGUUGCAUUAAGAGUUGAAAAUCAAAUUGACAGUUCCCUUGUUCUUCCAUGUAUGAAUGAUGCAAGGGCAUAUUGCGCAGUGGCCUCAUAUAAUAAUCUGGUGUAUAUAAUAGGUGGCCAGACAAAUAAUGCAUUUCUUUCCUCAGUGGAGCGGUUUAAUAUAAGGAAAAAUAAAUGGGAUAAGUUAUCUCCACUUCCUCUAGCUAUUCAUGGAACUGCAGCAGCUUUCUUAGAGGGGUGUUUGUAUGUGGUUGGUGGAAAGACUGCGGUACAACAUGAAAAUAGGUCAUGGAUGUAUGACAUGGAGAAAAAUAUGUGGGUGUCACGAGAACCAAUGACCCAACCCAGAGUACAUCAUGGCUUGGCAGCCCUUCAUGGCUCAUUGUAUGCAAUUGGUGGCAUAAGCCCAUUGGGAGCAAAUCAUCAAGUGCAUACCUCUUGUGAAAAAUAUGACCCUGGAUCAGAUAGUUGGAUGCCCAUAGCUUCACUGUCACAAGCCAGAGCAUAUUUGGGUGUAGCAGUAAUUAAUGACUACUUGUAUGCUGUUGGAGGGUAUGAUGGUUCAUAUUGGUUGAAUUCUGUUGAGAGAUAUGACCCUCUCCAAGAUCAAUGGACCUCAGUUUCAUCGAUGAUCAGUCUUCGUAGUAGUUUUGGUAUCACAGUCAGCUCAGGGAGAAUUUAUUGCAUUGGUGGGUUCAGUGGAGAAUCAAAUUUAAAUACAGUAGAAAAAUACAAUCCUAGUACAGAUACAUGGCAUUGUGUCCAGUCCAUGCAACUUCGUCGGUAUGGAGGCGUUGCUGCCACUGUGCUUGUUCCAUUUUUACCCAAACCAAAUCCUUGAAGAUUAUUUGGAGCAGCUGUAUAUACUUGCGUAGGUGCUUCCAUUCUGGCUGCCAUCAUUUAAACUCUAUAGUAUAUAAACAGCAGACAUUAUGAUGGACAGUACUGAAAAUUGUUGCAUGCACUAGUACCUAGUACUUUACGUUGUAGGUCAUCAUUGUCCCUGCUUUUAAUUUUCUACCUCUCCUUGUGUCUGUUUUUGGAAAAGUUUGGAAAAUAUGGUGGAUAGACUUUGAUAUAGAAGGUUAAGGACAUACAAAAAGCUUUUUAUUCACUACCUGUUCUUGAGUACAAUUUUACUUGCAUUUCUUUCUCAUGAAAUCUCUUUUUUUCACUUACUUUCCUCUCGACUGCAUAUUUUAGAAUAUGUUCUUAUUAAACUAAUAUUUUUAGAUACACAGUAUACUAUUCAUUGUAAAAUUGCUUCUUGGUACUACAUUAAUUCAAUAGGUACUAUUUAUAUACAUACAGGUAAUAUUACAACAAUGUUAUUAGUAAUGUUUAUUGAGUCAACAUUUACAAAUUAAAAAAUGGGAUAGCACUGUGAAUAUAUUAAUGAUUUAACACUAAUAUAAAAUUGAUGAGCUAUUGUACAUUCCUGGCAUAACUGAAUAUCGGCAGGAGGUUGUGAUAACUACCGUAUGAUGAUUCUACCUCAAUUUGACAGUGAUAAAGCUAAAAUUUUGUUUUCAACGAAAACUACAACUACAUCUAUGAACUUUAGUGAUGAGUCAGAUAUGUAGAUGAAAUGAUGAAAUGCAUGAACAGAUUUUGAUCUUCAGAUGAAUGAUUAGAUUAGGAAGACACAUACACAUCUUUUAAACAUUUAGUACAAUAAUCUGAGUAGAUUACACAAAGUCCACCAAAACAUAAGGAGGAAAAGUUCACUACAAAAUGCAUUCACUUUUGCCAAGUGAAACCAUGUACAGGGGCAUGGACAUGCACCUAACCAUUACGUCAUUUAUACAUGACGACAGGAAGGCGCUGCAGAGAUUAGGCAAUGAGAUUUUAUGUUAUUUUCUCCUCAGCCAUGGUAAUAAUCUUUACCUAGAGAUAUGACCUGAGAAUAAGGCAUGAGGAAUAAGGAUAUAUACAGUACCAUGAAAACCCCAAUAUGUUGUUGGAAAGAACAGAAUUUGAUUUUGUUAAAAAAAGUCACAAUACUCUUAUCAUUACCAAUCAUGAAGGGGAAUGUAAGGCCCAGAAUUUGAAAUUACAUACAGGGAGUUAGUCUUGGGAUAACUGAUUUAUGUACAUAGCCCUGUUAGGGGGAACCAGGGUCCACCACCCUAUAAAUUGUUGGUGAUGAGGCGGUACCGGCGGAAUUGGUGUCUGUGUACACCGGCAUAUGCAGGGCCAUUCAUUGGCGUCGAACGUCUAGGGGUUGUGCGUCCCUUACUAACCGAGAGAGGUGGAAGGGAUGUAAAGUAGUUUUGAUGGGUUGCAGACCAAGCCCAUGUAGACAUAUAUACAGGCAUUGGUCUUGAAGGGGAUGAAAAUGGUAGUUGCAGCACGGGGCUAUGACCUCCAGGGUCUUGUGAUGGGGGUUUAUUUUUGCGACGAGCAUGAGACUUUGCUUUAACUUUUCGAGGUGUAGUGAGAACCCGACCAUUGCUAACUGGAGGACCACGAGCUGGUGAGGGGGUGGAGGGUGAUGAGCCAGGACUGAGUCCAUUACUGGAGGGGGCAGUAAGGGGAAGAGCGACGCUCGGCGGGGACCCUGGCCCCCCUCACAGUUGGGCCUGAGAGCCACGCCAUGACAUCUGUCCAAAGCUUACUGCACCAUACGUGGUGCCAUAUCCUAUGCUUCCAUAGUAUUCACUUGGAGCACCUCCUGGGCCAGUUGGGGAAUAUCCACCCUGUAAAACAGACAAACAUUUAGUCCAGUGUUAGAAUUCACUUGUGAUCUUAAUAACAUAAACACUUGUGAUCUUAAUAACAUAAACACUUGCGAUCUUAAUAACAUAAACACUUGUGAUCUUGCAUAACAAAGUUACUUACAGCCAUGUAUCUAUUAAGUUCAUCUUGUGUAUCGAAUAUCAUCACAACAAAAGGACUCCCAGGGACAUGUUCGCCAGACCAUUUUACUUCCAUACGAUAAUCUCCUGGUUCUGUUGGAUCAUAUUUACACAAUAUGGUUCUGUCUUUUUGUGACUCCCUCUGCAUCUCGACACGGAAUGCACCUGACAAUGGUUAAAAACAUUAGUUUCACAUUGUUUUUAAAUUUAUCUUGAAACUGCCCAAUGCUUCUUGGCCUUUUAAGUUCAAUCAAAGCUACUUUUGGGGGCAUUAAUGAUUAUUCUUAAAAAUAUGAUAAUAUUAAGUUUAAUUAAGAAACAUUUAAAAUGUUUUGGGCAUUAAAAAAUACUUUUACAAGAGUGAAACAUUAAGUUCCAUAGGUUCAAACAUAAACUCCAAGGUUACAUAGAUAUUCUAAGGAAUGAAGGAAUUAUAGAGGCAGUUAAAAUUGAAUCUCAGGGUUUCAAAGAAUUCUGACUAAAUCACAGCUGAGGACAGUCAGAAAAAUAAGAAAUAAUUUGACAUUUCUAUAACACAAAAUUACUGAAAGGCCAAGAUUCCUCCCCAUACUUGGACUCAGGAGGGAGAGGUAUAGUGCACCUCUUCCUGUUAAGGAUCAGCAAGGGAGCACUCCCACAGCAGGAAGGGCAUUCAAGUUACAGUUCAGUGUCAUCUAAGACACUAAUGUUUUGUAGGUGCAGCUACCAAUCAGACUUGGGCAAUUUCACUGUGCCACAGCAGAGCUUUAAAUCUAAAACUAAGCAUUGUGGAUAAAGGAUUACUGGUUAUACUUAGAGAAAAGUGAGAAAAUCAUUGAUUUUCUCACUUUUCUCUAAGUGAAUUAGAAAGAUAUCAGUCCUUUAAACUUAUGACCAAAUGGUAGAAUGACUUGCAUUGUUAAGCAUGAUGACUUGUUCCCACAUUCUUUUUCAUAGCAAGUUAGCUGAAUUUCCUUGAUCAGUGAUGGCUGCAUUAUUUCGUAGUCCCUGGCAGUGACGAGAAAAUCUCUUUUUAUUCUUCGUCUGCUUAAACUUUUAACUUGACCCAUUUGUUAGUUUUUGAUACUUGAACUAAAAUAAAUCUUUGAAGCAAUUUGUAUUUGCCUGAGUAUACAAUCCAUAGCCUUAUAUAUUGGGAGUGUCCAUCUCUAAGUAUACAAACCAGAGCCUUUUAUAUUGUAUCCAUCAACUCAAGCCAGAGUUGUCACUGAAUUUGGUAACAAGGUAUAUAGUUAAUUAGUGGUUAAGGGUGUGAAUGAAAUACUUCUCACACCUACCUUCUGAUUGUAGCCAUUUUUUAGUUCUACUGAAGGGCAGGGCACUGGGCCAAAGUACUUUGCAUAUGGGAAGGUUUUCGAAUAAUGAAGGGCCACUAGAGAACCAUCAAAGCCUCCAAAUUGGAAUUUAAGGCAGAAAGGAGCUACUUC